AUGGAAGCUGAUUUGCUCGAUGAAUUAGAAAAUAUUGCAAAUAACCUUAAACAUCACUCGAAUGACCUCCUUCAUUAUGAAAAUUGUGUCGAUCGCUGUUUGACUUUGUCUUCUAAAGGCACUGAAGACAUCAAAUUUAUCUUCCAAUUUAAGCCUGAUUAUCUGCGCAACGGAGGCGAGGCAUUCGUCUAUCGUAAUGGCAAACGUCUUAACAAUGAAGGUGUUCCAUUCAGGCACUUGUCAAAUAUCAUAGUACUCAUUAUGGGCUUUAUGGCUGUAAAAAGAGAGAAACCAAUGCCUUAUUUCGCGUCUAACUUCAGCGCCAACUUAUUCGCUGAAUAUGUCAACAAUCACGCGGGUACCCCAUGCAUCGCCUUCAUCUAG